AUGGAACCAGCUCCUCAAGGUGCUGGGCAACAGGGCAGGCAGCAACCGCAGCAGCCUGUCUACGAUAUCAGGAAUGGGGGUCACUACGGGGCCAGUGCCGCGCUCUCAGCGCAAGGCUAUGCGCCAGUUGCCGAGUUAUACACCGGUACCUGGGCCAAUGUAAACCAAGGUCUCCAGGGAACCGCUCGCGAUAUCCUCACGACCUACUGGCAACAUGUAAUAAAUCAUCUUGAGUCAGACAACCAUGACUACAAGAUCCAUCAAUUGCCGCUGGCUCGCAUUAAGAAGGUGAUGAAGGCGGACCCAGAGGUUAAGAUGAUCUCUGCAGAGGCACCAAUCUUGUUUGCCAAGGGUUGUGAUAUCUUCAUCACGGAAUUAACAAUGCGUGCCUGGAUCCACGCCGAAGACAACAAGCGCCGCACCUUGCAGCGGUCGGACAUUGCUGCCGCCCUGUCCAAGUCGGACAUGUUUGACUUUUUGAUUGACAUUGUGCCCCGGGAAGAGGCAACUUCUCAUGCCAAACGGUCAAGCCAAGCUGCCGCCGCUCCUGGUCCAUCUGCCGCUCCUAGUCAACUGCCACCCGCUCCUCAUGGAGUGCAACCGCAUCAGCACAUGGGCCCCGCGGACUAUGGCUCCCUUGGUCAGCACGGUCUUCAAGAGCAGGAGUACCGCCCACAGGCUGCCAUGUACCCAGGGACUGUUCAAUCAGACCCGACUGCGGCAUAUGGACAACCUCAGUCCCAAAUGUUUGAGGGGAUGUAUGCCUACCCGCAUCUACCUCCUCAGCAGUGA